AUGCCUCCGUCAAGUGGGCACCUGCUGCUCCCCAAGCUAUGGAGAGCAGCUAGGUUCGCCUACGCGAAGGCGUACAAUGCCGUAAGGGCAAAAAUCUCAGAACCUGCUCAGCAGGUUUCACUUCGUGUUCAGCCCGCAUAUGCGCGGAUUACCCCCCGACAGCCCAUCAAUCGAGCUGCUGCCAUCCGUCAAGCCCGCGGUCGCCACUUCUCCACCCGCGCAACCGGCUCGUUUACUUCAUACUUCAAAGCGGCCGUCCAGGGCGACAAGGCGGCUUAUAGAUCGUCACGCAUUGCCGGAAAUGUCAGCCGGCUCACCAACCGGGCACCAUUCGCCUCUGCUCUCCGUCCGAACCUUACUGGAGGCACCCUCGGUCGUACAGCUGGAGGUUAUGCGGUCGGUGCAGGGCGCAUUGGAGGUGCUCGAUACUUCUCACAUGGUCCUGCCGCACCUGCUCAGGUUAUAAACAAUGUUUCUGUGGGUGUGCGAGCCUUCUUCCUCUCUGGACAGAAGGCUCGAUUCGAUGGAAUUGAUCCCAUCACCGGAAACAAGAAGUUCAAGGCUGUGACCGUGCUUCAGGAUGAAGCCGAGCGGAAGAUGGCUGCCAUUCCUCGCGCAGCCCCUGGCUCGUUCAUUGACUUCAAGAUCUCCCCUACCAUCACUGCCUUUGGCCUCCAGAAGAAAUUUGCACCUGCGGGUGCUGAGUCGGAGACGCUUAACUCCGAAGGCCUUCUAGACUUCCUGUCCGCCGAUUUUGCUCGUGCCCUCAAGGACCUGGCUGCUAUCCUCAGUGACCUCAAGCGUCUAGCUACACUAGGUGACUUACCCAUCUUACUUGAGGAUAGAUCAACCAUCAGAGUUAGAUUCCCGGGAUGCGACGCCGAGACAGUGGAGCGACUUUGCGAUGAAGUCGGUGUUCAAAGAGGGAAGAUCAACCAAGACGCAGACUUCGAUGUUCGCACAGGCGCUGAACUUGCUCUUCUCUUCCCCUUUCCCCCCAGCGUCGCUCCAGCCUCGGACACGGACGAUUUCAUCUUCCAUCAAGAGGCCAAAACCUCACAAAGACCAGAGGAAGUUGACUGGCAGGCAAUGCUGUCAGGCGAAGACGCUACGCAGACAUCACUCGGAUACCCCAACCAAUCCACACACGAGCUUAGCUUUGAUGACAUGACAAUGUUCGGUUCUAAUCCGUGGGCCAAGUCUCCCUCGGGCUAUUCGAGUAUUGGCGUCAGCGAGCUAGGUGACCGCGCUUUCUUCCCUGAUGCUGUUAGUUAUGGCGUUCCUGAGAGUACGUCGGGAUUCGAGGGGUCUGAGGGCAUCCGCAGGUUCAUAGCGGAGUGUGAUCAGGCUGCUGCCCGUUAG